AUUUUUUACUAUGAUGACAUCUACUAUGUCAUUACAUAUACUUGUGAUACAUUAAAACGUUUAUGUGUAUAAUUCAAAUAUUUCAAGUAAAGUUAUCCUCUUCAAAAUGAAAGGUUUAUUAUUUGUGUUUUUGGCAAUACUUUUUGCCGGAAGUGCAAAUGGAACUAUACGAGUCCUGCGGAGACCAUAUAAGAACAUACAAAUGUGUCCGGAUGGCCUUGUCCCAGAUCAGGUUUUCCCAGAUCAAGAUCGAUUCACAUGUAAACCUGGACCUGGGUCUGGUAAAAAUGUUAAGUGCAAAACCUUUCCUUCAACGGCGGGCAGUUUUUUCCAGUGUCCUAAACAUGGUUAUUAUAGUGGAUGGUUCCAUUUAGGUUUGAAACGAAUGCUGAAAUGUUGUAGAGAACCAAGUAUACAGUACUCCCGCAAGGAUUGUAGAUUUGUUUAUAAUGACAAGGUUCUUCGAGGAAAGAUUUUUAGAGUUGAUAAAGGGAAGUUCAUCACUACAUCUUGGUCUCCUGAUGGCGGGGUAACUUGGUUCACCUAUCAAUGUGCAUACAAUACUAGUCCUCGAAUCACAUAUAAGGACUUUUUCACACAUGGUGGUAACUGGUAAAUUGUUUGUCAAUCUUAAAACUGAUGACUAGUUUAUAAAAGAUUCAUUUAAAAAUGAUCCCUCACUUUGUUAUAAUUUAAAUACAAUAAAACAAUGUUAAUAAAAACGCUAUGAUUUUUUUAGUUACAACUUUUCAAUAUUAUGCAUUGCAACUACUGAAUGAAAGUAAUAUUGACAGACCUG